AUAUUUUUUUGUUAUUAGAAUAAUAUCAGAUUAUUUGAAGGGUACACAAUUUAUAAUUCUUAAUUAGGAGCAACUUUUCAGUACAUCUUCAUAUCUCCCCAAAUUAUGUCGCCGACUUUAACGCGACCUUAAAGUUCUUGAGCAGUAUUUAAUCAUUAUCAACUCAAAAUUUUAUAGAUGCUGUUCGUGCUGCUGUAAGCAAAGUGUUAUAUGCCUUGCAUACCAUGUUCUCUAGCCAUGCUCAUCUGAAAAGACGCACACCAGAGGGGGGAAUACCACGUCCUGAUUAUAUUGAACAUCUUGUAGAAGAAUAUUACACCACAACUGACCUAGAGGCCAAGGAACAAGUGACAGCUAAUUUAACUAAUUUUGCUUAUGAUCCAAUAAAUUGGAGAUAUCUGAAAGAAGCUGGUGCCUUAGACGUAUUUGAAGACUGUGUGAAGAGUCCAAAUGAGCGAUUGCAACUACACGCAAUUGCCGGUUACUGUAACAUAUGUUUAGACCAUGUUGCCUUUAAGUUUAUUACAAACAUAGACGCAUUUGCUCAAAUAAGCCGACUACUACACGCAACAGAAGCAACGGACAUACAACUUAAUUGCAUCGCUCUGUUAUAUCAGUUACUCUCGGCGUAUUCGUGUAUACAAGAACAAAAAUCCUUAAUUGCCACACCGUGCUUGUUGAAAAAAAUUACACAACUGCGAAACGAAAGCACAGAUCUGAGAGUAAAGAACAUCGCGACAUUGUUUUGUGAAGAUUUUGGAACACGUAGUGAGGAAGUAGUAGAUUCGAAAAAUGUUCUUACAACUGUUAAACGGUUCCAAAGUCAGUUAACAACUAAAUGUAGAGAAAUUACUGUAGUUAAACGUUUCAGUCAAGAUGAAUUAGAUAAUUUUUCUACACUCACAGCAGAUUACAAUCCUAUACAUUCUACAGACACACCAAUAGACGAACGUAAGGUGCAUGGUGCUUUUCUCAAUGCCAUUGUGGCUGGAAUAAUUGGUACACAAAUUCCUGGACCAGGAACAAUAGUUUUAAGUCAAAAGUUUGAAUUUCCUAAAGCUUGUCGUGUUGAUAAAGAUGUAAACAUUACUGUUCGUUUAGUCAAUGCACGUAAAAUUGCUUUGGUGGAAUAUGAUUGUAGACAGGAAGGAAAAAUUGUUUUCAUUGGCGAAGCUAAACUUUUAAUAAAACACUGAUUAAAUUAUAACUAAA